AUGCUCCGGUCAUGUCUCCGUCGCGGGACGCUCCGCACUCUCAGCGUACGGCCUUUGAACCCUGCCCUGUCCUUCCCUAGGGCCUACUCCACGCCAACCCAAGAGCGAGUCCCCCUUCGCAAACAACUCAAGCAGGAAGCCAAAUUCCUCCGAUCACACAAGAAGCAACGCAAGGAGGAUGAGGAAGCAUCCCGGCAAGAAUGGGAGUUGACUGUGGGCGUGGAGAUCCAUGCGCAGCUAGACACAGAGGCUAAAUUGUUCUCUCCUGCAACGUCGACGAGCGACAUCCCCAAUUCCAAUGUCGCCUUAUUUGACUUGGCGUUCCCGGGUACCCAACCGGAAUUCCAAAUCGCAACCCUUCUCCCCGCUCUGCGAGCGGCCAUCGCCCUGAACUGCGAGAUCCAGCCCGUCAGUCGAUUUGACCGGAAACACUAUUUCUACCAGGAUCAGCCGUCGGGAUACCAGAUCACCCAAUACUAUGAACCCUUCGCCCGAAACGGAUACGUCGAUCUAUAUGCCUACGAUGGAAUUGCGCCGGAAGAUGGGGACCGUGUCCGCAUCGAUAUCAAACAACUCCAGCUGGAGCAGGACACGGCCAAGUCCCAGGAGUAUCCGCCUACGACACAGCUGCUAGAUUUCAACCGUGUGUCGCAUCCUCUCAUUGAGAUUAUCACCAUGCCUCAAAUCCACACACCUGCCACCGCCGCAGCCUGCGUUCGGAAACUUCAGUCCAUUGUACAGUCAUGCGGUGCGGUAACUACGGGGAUGGAAUUGGGUGGUCUUCGUGUCGACGUGAACGUAUCAGUCCGCCGCCGGGACGCAGCUGCCGGCCAACAUCACUACAACGGCAUCAGCGGGCUAGGCCAGCGGACCGAGAUCAAAAACUUGAGCAGUUUCAAGGCCGUGGAGGACGCUAUCAUUGCCGAGAAGAACCGCCAGAUCGGGGUCCUGGAGAGCGGCGGUGUCAUCGAAGGAGAAACGCGAGGAUGGACCAUUGGCAGCACGGAAACCCGCAGGCUGCGUGGCAAAGAAGGCGACGUUGAUUAUCGCUACAUGCCCGACCCGGAUAUUCCUCCUUUGAUCAUUGGACAGGAUCUACUCGCCAAUCUGAACAGCACCCUCCCGACAUCCCCAGACUCUCUUAUUACCCUACUCGUUGGUGCCGAACACAGACUGAGCAUCGACGAUGCCAAGCCCCUAAUCGAGUUGGAUGACGGAGCCCGCCUCGAAUACUACCACGAUGUGGUGGAAGCCCUACACACUCUCCAGGCAGACCAAGAUACCGCCACGCGCGCCAGCCUUGGUCGGUCAGUGGGCAACUGGGUCCUGCACGAGCUCGGCGGGCUUCUUACCAAAUCAGACCGCGCCUGGGACGCAGAGAUCGUUCCGGCGCAGUCCCUAGCGCACCUCAUCGACGAGCUCCAGCGCAAGCGGAUCACCGGGCCGACCGCCAAGCUGGUUCUGGCCACUAUCUUCGACGGUGAUCGUCGUCCGGUGUCUCAGAUUCUCGAGGAAGAGAACCUCCUGCUGCGCCCAUUGUCCCGCGAGGAAUACGUGGCGCUGGCGCAGUCGGUUAUGGCGCUUAACCCACAAAUGAUUGAGCAGAUCCGCAGCAAAAAUCAGCUUGGGAAAUUAGGCUGGUUCGUGGGCCAGAUGAUGCGCACCGGGGAGAAGGGCCGCGUCGAGGCUCCUAAGGCCGAGGAAAUCCUCAAGGAGCUCAUUCUAGGGCCGGCUGUGUAG